CACACGGAUCAGGAGAGAGAGAGAGUAAUACAGAGAUCCAGCCAUAGGAGGAGAAGAGAUUGUGAGACCAAGACAGGAGGCAGGAAGGCAGGCUGUGCGUCAGCCGGCACCCCAUAGGGAAACAUGGACACAAGCAGGAGAUGCUGAAGAGGACAGAAAACACCAUAACAGGAUCAUAUAGAUGGAUGUUAUUUCAUCAGGCGGGCAACCUGAAGGCAACCCACGCAGAGGAUAAACCACUUAUGGACGCAGUGGAUUAAAGAAAUAGAGACAGACUGAGAGAGAGAGAGAGAGAGGGAGAGGGGGAAUAGAGGAGGAUAAAUUAAUCAAUUCAGUUGUUUAUUUUCAUUGUCUGUGUGUGCGCACUUGCUGCCAGAAAGAUUGUGUGUGUGCUGGAGACUGCAUUGCUACUCCCCGGCACAAACAGGACAGACAACAAAAAGAAGGCAGCCAAGCAGAUUACCUUAUGUGAUUUCUGUCUCUUCCUCUCUCUCUAUACGUGUGUGUGUUCCUUCCAUGCACAACCAGGCACAGGGUGUGUGUGUGAAGGCUGAGAAUAAGGAGAGGAUGGUGAAGCUUGAAGUGAUCUACAGAUUCUAAGCCUGACUUUGAAUGGUCUUCUUUUUUGUCUGAUCAUCAGGACCGGACUCAAAGAAAGAACUGUCUUUUUCUUCAUCCCUCAACACACAGCUCAAGUUUGGGCACUGGUGUUGAUCAGAUGGUUUGCUUCUUUGCCGGAGAAUAGGAGGAUUGAAGGGCUGCCACCGGGGAGUCUUCUCGACUCUACACCCAAGAGAGGUGGGGGCAUCAUCAGGUAGGAGGCAGCAGAACGCGGAGGUCUGAGCACAAAGCCAGAGAGGAGUAGGAGGAAGAGUUGUGCGUGUGUGUCGUUGACUGUGUAGGCAGGCCAAGGGGCCAGCCGGGGGGCCGGAGAUGGUUUUAACUCCUGCUGAGAGAGGAUAAUGGCAGCUCUGGGCCCACUCCCCUCCUCUCUCACCUGCAUCUGCCACAGACAAGCUGAGAAGUGCUAGCCCAUGCUACAACAGCUCAGCAAAAGGAUGGUGUGAACAGCGUCACCCUUUCCCACCAAGCCGGGAGACCCCUGACACCCCAGUGAGGGGCCACGUUGUGUUGCUCACCUCUUUUCUCCCUGCUCUUCUUCAAACCAGCUGAAAACAAGGGGUGGCAUUGCUUGAUUUCUGUGGGAGUUGUCUCCCCCUCCCUCCCACUCUCUCCUCCUACUCCACACCCCUAACCUCACCCACCUCCAUAUUUAGCUCCAUGGAUUGCUUUUAGCACCAACCUGUCCGUCUUCUUUCUCCCUACGUUUUCUUUUUUUUUUCUUUUUCUUUUUGUCGAGGCUUCAGGGGAAUUGCCAAGACCUGUUUCAUGCAUGUCCACUGGCGGCAGGUUCAACUUUGACGAUGGGGGUUCAUACUGCGGAGGGUGGGAGGAGGGCAAGGCGCACGGCCACGGGAUCUGCACUGGACCCAAGGGCCAGGGCGAGUACUGCGGUUCCUGGGCCCAUGGCUUCGAACUGCUGGGCGUCUACACCUGGCCCAGCGGGAACACCUACCAGGGCACCUGGGCUCAGGGCAAGAGACACGGCGUUGGCAUUGAGAAUAAAGGCCGCUGGGUGUACAAGGGCGAGUGGACGCAUGGCUUUAAGGGACGCUACGGCCUGCGGGAGAGCACAGGGACGAGUGGGAAGUACGAGGGGACCUGGAACAACGGGCUGCAAGACGGAUACGGAACAGAGACGUACUCAGAUGGAGGAACAUUUCAAGGCCAGUGGGUCGGCGGGAUGCGGCAUGGCUACGGAGUCCGGCAGAGUGUCCCAUACGGCAUGGCGGCAGUCAUCCGCUCCCCGCUCCGUACCUCCAUAAACUCUCUGCGCUCCGGUUCGGAGCACAGCAAUGGCACAGCUCUGCUGGACCGGACCGGCGCAGUGGUUCCUGGUACUCAUCCUGGUCCUGGCACUCUGACCACCAGCGUCUCCAUGUGCAGCACAGGCAGCAGCGGCAGCAGCCCCGCUGUGUCUCGGGGGGGUUUUGUGCUGACGGCGCACAGCGAGGCAGAGCUGCUUAAGGGAAAGAGAAAAAGCGGACUGUUCCGGAGGUCCAUCCUCUCCGGGCUCAAGCUGAGGAAGUCCGAGUCCAGAAGUUCUUUGGCCUCCCAGAGGUCUAAACAGAGCUCGUUCAGGAGCGAGGCUGGGAUGAGUACCGUGUCCUCAGCUGCAUCUGAUAUUAACUCUACUAUCAGUCUCGGAGAUGCAGAUGCAGAAUUGGCCGUCGCAGACGACGAUGUGGACGCCACGGCAACAGAGACCUACUGCGGGGAGUGGAAGAACGACAAGCGAACAGGAUUCGGCAUUAGCCGGCGGUCCGACGGGCUGCAGUACGAGGGGGAGUGGCUUAGCAACAAGCGCCAUGGCUACGGCUGCACCACGUUUCCUGAUGGCACGAAAGAGGAAGGGAAGUACAAACAGAACAUUCUGGUGAGCGGCAAAAGGAAGAACCUGAUCCCGCUCCGGGCCAGUAAGAUCAGAGAGAAGGUGGACCGAGCCGUGGAGGGAGCACAGAAAGCCACCGACAUCGCCCGGCAGAAGGCUGAGAUCGCCAUGUCCAGGACGGCUCAUGCGCAGGGUAAAGCAGAUGCAGCGGUCGGAGCAUCCCAGAAAGCCCAGGAGGAGAGUCGCAUGGCUAGGGUCACCGCCAAGCAGUUCUCCCCUUCCUUCCAGCACCCAGGAAACGGCAUGGAGGUGCAGCGUCCCAAACGUCAGGUGUCCAGCGAGGUGGAGGGCGAGGGGUUGUCGAGUAGCGCCGGCACCGCCGACAGCCCCGAUCUCUACGUAAAGAGCGCAGCUUCCGACGACCCCUCUAACGAUGCCGCUACCCCUGACCUCAGCCCCCCUUCUUCUUCGCCACCACACACCCCGCCUCCCCCUGCCAGGCCAUCCCAUCGGAGCAAAAGUGCCCGUUUCCACCGGCAGAGCGCCGUGGAUGAUGGGGACAAGGCGAAGGAUGGAGGAGAAAGGGCUGAGAAGGGUGGAGGAGGAGGAGAGCAGACGGAGAUUCAGGUGUUGAUGGAGGGUGGAAGUGGGGGAGGUGAAGACGGAGGAGGGGGAGGGAAGGGGGAGUACCUAAGGGCCAACAGCUGGGGUGAGGACAAGAGGAGAGGGAUUUUGUCCAAAGGAGGAGGAGGGGUCAGUGGGCGAGGAGCGAGCCGGACCAACGGACACAAACACAGCUCCUCCAAUCACAAGUCCCGGGAGCAUGGAUCAUCCAAUCACAGACAGGCCAAGGGGGACAAGUGGACGGAGUCGUCCUCCUCUGCCUCUUGGACGUCGGGGCACAGGGGCGUGCGCGGAGGGGGGGGGCGGCUGCUGGAGCAGGAUGAGGAGAAAAUUAGCAAUUAUGAGAUGGAGAUGAAGCCUUUACAGCCCAGAGACUCCACUACCCACAAGCCCCAUGGGCACGGGGAGGAGAGGCAGGGGCAUGCUCACGGAGAGGGGCGCUCCCACACUUUGCAGAGACAGAGGCAUAAGAACCGUGAAGGGAGGGAGGGGAGGGAAGGAAAAGAGGGCAAGGAAGGGGGCAAAGACUCACAGCACAAGCUGGACAGACCAGGGGAAAAGAUGGAUUCACGGCCUCUACGUCGGGACCUCACCCUCUCCCCCCCUCUGAAGUCCUCACCCAUCACACGAGAGCAGCAGGACCUCAGCCUCAUGCAGAGCAAAGGCAACUCGGCUUACAGCUCCAUCCUGGUUGUCAUGGUGAUUCUACUCAACAUUGGAGUGGCUAUUUUGUUUAUCCACUUUUUUAUUUAAAGACAGCACUGCUUUCGGAGUCAGCCUAUCUAUGCUACGAACAACUAUAAGUUCCGAUGAGUAUUACGACCAAUCUGCUGCCCCUUGGUGUUUCCAGUGAGAGGACUGCAAGCCGAGGGAAGACAAGGGCCGAGGAAGGCUCCAACGAUAUUUGGACUAAGUUAGUUAACAAGGGGCUAACCUUGGCUAAUUUGGUCCAAUCGUCUUAAAAAGAUGCUCAAGUGCAAAGCCCAAAGAAGCGAAGGAACGAGGGGUAAACCAGGCCAGGUAACGGGACUACAGGGAGAUAAAAGUAGUCCAGAAAGUGGACUUAAGUGGGCUUCAAUGGCUCAUAUUCAGACUCAAACGGGCUGAAGAGUUCCGAUCCGAGGCCAUGAGAGCUGCAGCUGGCAUUACAGCGAGAUGUCUGCUUCCACUAUCUGCAGACAGGACUGACCAGACAGACGUUUUCAUCUUCAAAUCAUAGUUUUCAACAGAUUUGUAACUUUAUUUAUUAACAGUUUCUCUCAUGUACAAUAUGUUGAUGGAUAUAUUCUUUAUUUUGUAACCCUCCACCCCCUCUUUAUAUAACUCCUGCCUUUUGGUUCCUCUGCCUGCCUGGGAGUUGUUACAGACGGUUCAAUCCAGGUGUGUGUGGGUGUAUGUAAGACUCUUGAGUGUUUGCUGCCUGGAUACAUGGUCAAUGACCUUCCAUUUCCAUACACACACAUCCAUUGCUUCUACAGUUGCCCUGUUAUUCAACAGUUCUAAUGUCCGUCUUCUGUCCUUUUUUACAGUACGGAAGCCCAGAGGGGCAAAUGAUAACAAAUGAAAUUCUGCGGAUCCCUUUAGGAAGUCAUCUUAAUGGUUUGUUCUGAUAAACAAUAGGAUAAAAACGUUUUUGCAGGAUAUUUUUUCUAAACAACUAUUUCUUUUUUCAAGAGCAUUUUUCUAGGGUUUGUUGUUGUUAUACUCAAUUUGGUCACAUUUUGUGUGAAAGUGAGUGUUUUUGCAACUCUAUCAAGCAGGCAUGUCCUUUUCCAACAAUGUGUGUGGAUGUACAUGUGUGUGUCGUGUGUUUGUGGUCUCCAAGUAGCUCAGUGGCCUUUCACGCUGUUCAUGAACUUUACAAGAGCAUCUCAUGAAGACACGGCAGCAGCUCGUCCACAUCUAGCCUACUAGCAUCAGCUGACA